GUCCAACGUGUCCGUGGUGUUUGGGAGGAGGUGCGGAAGCGGCAUCGUGACACCUCUUGGAUUUAAAAUGUCGACGUGUGACGUGUAGUUUACACCGACAAGCGGUGGAAAGAAAUCUCGCCGAGAGAGAGAGAAAUGGAAUAUUUUAAAAGCAGCCUGAAAUCCGUCUUGGGAACCACUCCCGCCGGGACGCAGCCGACGGGUGCCGAUACGGUGGAGAAACUGGUGGACAGACUGCAGUCUUCUACUCUGCUCGACGACAGAAGAGAUGCCUGCCGUGCGCUCAAGGCGUUUUCGCGCACGUAUCGCGUGGAGGUGGGUGCUCAGGGAAUGGACGCGCUCAGGCAGGUGCUGGAGGUGGACAGGACGGAUUGCGAGAUAAUCGGCUUGGCCUUGGAUACUCUGUGCAAUAUAACGUAUCCUGAAACGUUCGACGAAGAAGUCGGCAAACACGACUCCAAGAGCCAAAUAGGGGAACAGUUUACAGAAAUAUUCAUUAAGCACUCGGACAGCGUUGGUUUGGUGCUGACAUUUCUCGAGGAGUUUGACUUUCGCGUCAGGUGGCCGGCGCUAAAGCUACUGACGCAUUUGCUGGCGAACAGACCUAAAGAUAUUCAGGAAAUAAUUCUGGUCAGCCCUAUGGGUGUCUCUAAACUGAUGGACUUGCUGAGUGACAGCAGAGAAGUUAUACGCAAUGAUGUCUUGUUGCUGCUCAUUCAAUUAACAAAAGGCAAUGCUAACAUACAAAAGAUAGUGGCGUUUGAAAGUGCGUUUGAUCGCAUAUUUGAUGUUAUUGAGCAAGAAGGCAACGCGGAUGGUGGUAUUGUUGUGGAAGAUUGCCUCCUGCUGAUGUUAAAUCUUCUCAGGGGGAAUGUCAGUAACCAAAACUUCUUUAAGGAAGGUAGCUAUAUUCAUAAAUUGACGCCAAUGUUCCAAAUUCCCAAUGAAACGGAGGAUAACAAUCUUGGUGGAUCUUGGAGUCCACAGAAGGUGUCCAAUGUUCACUGCAUGGUGCGAGUUGUACGUGCGCUAGUAGCACCGAGUGCUCCUGCUCAGGUAGUCGCAGCUUGUCAACGAACUAUGAGAGCGUGCGGACUAUUGCAAGCACUGUGCGAUAUAUUGAUGGCUAGCGGAGUGCCAGCAGAUGUAUUAACGGAGAUCAUUAAUACUGUAGCGGAGGUAAUAAGAGGGAAUGCUAGUAAUCAAGAAUUUUUGGCGGGUGUCAUGGCACCGAGCACUCCUCCAAGGCCGGCGAUUGUCGUUCUGUUAAUGUCCAUGGUGAACGAAAAACAACUGUUUGUUCUACGAUGUUCAGUAUUAUAUUGCUUCCAAUGCUUCCUGUAUAAGAAUGAAGUUGGGCAGACGCAGUUAAUCCAGACUUUGUUACCGCAAGGCAACGAGGGAUCGUCGGUAACUACAGGACAGUUGUUGUGUGGCGGACUAUUCUCUAUAGAUUCUCUGUCAAAUUGGUUCUCCGCCGUGGCAUUGUCGCACGCCUUGAUCGAGAACAUAAGUCAGAAGGAACAGCUUUUAAGAGUACUUCUCGCAACCAAUAUCGGGAAACCGCCAGUAACGCUUAUGCAACAAUGCGUUAUGUUGUUGCAGCAGGGUAACAAAACGCAGUGUAAAUUGGGCCUGCUGAUUCUGCUUUGUCGAUGGACCUCGUACUGUCCGCUCGCGGUAAAAUCGUUCUUGGCUAUCGACUCUUCGGUAGCGUAUCUAACAGCCCUUUUGUCGUCGCAAGAAAAUAACGACGAUUUACAAGAAACCUUGCUGCAGAGUAUGUGCGCCUUACUUAUCGGCAUUUGCGUACACUUCAACGACGAUAGCGUACCUACUUAUACUAAGGAAAAAGUGUGCAAUUUAAUAGAGAAUAGAAUAGGUUUGGAAAAGUUUCAAGAUGCGAUCGGUGGUAUUGUCAGGCACGAAAUAUAUUCUCGAACGUUAAAACAUCCACAGCCGUCAGCUAAAAAUCCGUCGGAACUUUUACUCGAUCACGAGUUUUGCAGGUUGCUAAAAAGUUUGGAAGGUGUUAUAAUAAAAUCGGUGAUAGAUGCUAAUAAUGAACAUCAGAACAAGAAUCAAUUAUCUGUGAUGAACUUACCUGAUAACACAUUGGUUUCACAAUACAAAGACCUUAUUAGAGAGCAGGAUACACAAAUUCAAAGGUUAAAUCAAGCUAAUGAUUUUCUUACAAAAGAAAAACAAGAACUUGAGGCACAAGUACAAGAACUUCGAUCGACUGUUAGUCAUCUACGAGAUCAAAAUUUAGUCCUUCGAGCUGCACAAGCUAACAUAGGGGAUGGAAAGGAGACAAUUGCUUCUAGUAAUAAUCUAGAUUUGGAAAAGGAAUUGCAGACGUAUAAAACGAUGGUUGCAGAUUUAGAAAAUCGUUUGGCGGAAUAUAAACAUAUAAUGCAACAGCACGACGAGAAGAACAAAGAAAACAAGGAAUCAGAAUUGGAGUAUCAAUUGAAAUUGAAGACAGAUGAACUUGAGAAAUUGAAGAAGGAUCAAGAAGAUCUUUUAGAACUCUUGACAGAUCAAGAUAGUAAAAUUACACUGUAUAAAGAAAGAUUAAUUGAAUUAGGAGAUAAGGUUGAAUCUGAUGAAAGUUCAGGCGAACUUGACACAGAUGAUCAACCAGAAUCGAGCAACUAAGAUGCUUUAAUUGACGUUCUUUUGUCAUCUAAUUUAAUGAUAAAUUAAUAAGAGAAUUCUUAUGUUAACAAGCAAGUUUUCUUUUCUAGAUUUUCUAAGAUUUCAUUUCAUGUGUCAUAUAAAUGAUGUAAACAUAUAUAAAAUAGACUUGCAAAUGUAUAUUUGCACAUUUGCAAACGUGUACACAAUUACAUGCACACAGUUGUAUAAACGAACAUUUAGCCGUAUUUUCAGAAACUAAAAUGUAUAAAUUUUAUAUUUAACAGAGAUAUUUUAAGUAAACUGAAUUAUAUCAUUCUAAUUCUGUGUAAUUAUGUUCUAACUAUAUUUAGGUGUUUAGUAAGUUUGUAAAAAAAUAAUAGAAUUAAUUGAAAAGCAGAUUACAUGUGAACUGAAGAAAUCAUCGCCAGACAUUCCUAUAUGUUUAACGUAAUUUGAUGUCCAGUGCAGUCUUUAACAAAACGAUAUUUAUAGAGUUAUCCAACAAAAAUGUAUUUAUUAUAUUUAUUUUAAAUAGCUUAACUAAUCUACUAACGAAUGUACAAUUAAUGGGACUGACAGGGACAACAUUUGUAAAUUCCCAUUUUCAGCAGUUUAAUAUACAGAGCUCUAUAAAUA